AUGGCGGUGGAAAAUAUGCGGUGGCUGAGGAGAGUGAUGAUGCCGGAUUCAUUUCCACAUGCUCCACUGAUCGGAAAACCCUCCCCACCCGCCGCCGCCGCUCCCGCACUUGGCCACCGUCCUCACGCUCUCAAUCAUAUCUCCACCAGCUGCUCCGGGCUUAUCACCAGCUUCACCUUCCAGAACCCGCCGCCCCCCGCCACCGCCGUCGCCGCCGGCGGAAUCCUCCCGGCCUCCGCUCCCCUGCCGUCGAACGACAUCCUGUACGACGGCGCCCCCGACCCCCACGGCGGCGCGCUGGUGGACCUGACGUGGCCGCCGGCGCGUGAUCGGGCGGCGGCGUCCGCCAGCGGGAGGAGGCGGUAG